AUGAGAUGUUGUUGCACGAAAGCUGAUCGGCUGCAUUUGAGGGUAGCCUUCUACAUCUUCUUCCUCUUCCACUUUGUCGGUAAGGUCGCGUGGUAUGGAAGAGCAGACUUACAGUUCUAUGAAUUGUUGGAGAAGCACGACCGUACGCGCGAGGGGUUACGCGUAAAUGUGACGAUUUACGUCGCCAUUAACUUUCUCACCGCAGCCGAUAUGCUGCUGUUUUUGACAGCCACCACAUUGGCCAUAAUCGGGCUGCAGCGCGGGAUCAAGGUGCUGAGUCUCGGGUAUCCGGCGUACAUGGGUAUGGAAAUCAAAGUGUGGUAUGGCAACAUCGAGGACAGUCUGGUGGAUAGAGAUUCUGUGAAUGCAAUUAUCGCCGCUUACCUCUUGAUCACCUCAUUGCUUGCAUUCAGUUCCUACAUCCCACAUUACCGCCAAAUGUUCCCGAAAAAGGAGCGGAGCCCAACCAUCGCUUCCACAUACUUUUCCGGGCGUUCUCGGCAUAGUUCUACCGUUUCGCUGGGGUUUUAUGUCGUC